AUGUUACCAUUAAAAGAAGCUUCAUUUGUCUACAGCAUAAAUAGGAUCUUUUGCUUGGGUGUUACGUAUCGGGUAUCGGCCCGCUGCAGCCGCUACGCCAGAGGCCCUGCGCCGCCCGCUGCGGCGCCCCCUGCUGGCCGAGAGUUGGAGGUGCCCGCUGCUGCGCCCCCUGCUGGCCGAGAGUUGGCGGUCACUGCUGCACCGCCCGCGCCUGAGGUCCUGCCAUCUCCACCCACGCCUGAAGUCCCUACACCCACUGUCUCUGCUCCGCCCGAGGCUGCUAGGCCUCCACUUCCUGCUCCGCCCGAGGCUGCUAGGCCUCCACCUCCUGCUCCGCCCGAGGCUGCUAGGCCUCCACCUCCUGCUUCGCCCAAGGCCCUGGCUCCUGCUCAGGCGCUGCCUGCGCCUGUUGUCCAGGCUCCGCCCUCGCUGGCCCAGUCUCUGCCUAUCCCGAUCCCUACUCUAAUUCCCCCAGCCCUGGUCCCAGUCCCCGAGGAGCGAGGCCAGUACCCACGGAGACCCUGCCGUUCAGUGUCCCAUAAGGGAAGGGGACACAAGCGCAAGGCCAGGGUUCCGCCUGCCUUGCCCCAUGGCUCGCUCUCGCUUGCCUUGGCUGGGGCUCGGGGGGUGCCUGCGGAUCCUGCAGCUCAGGGUCGGCCGUCGCCUGCGGAUCCCCCUUCGAUGCCUAGUCGCCUGGCCUCGGUCCCACCUCCGCCUCCUCGUCGGUCACCUGCUGGUCCCCCUGCUCAGGACAAUGAUGCAAAACACACAUCUAAGGCCACUGUUACGUUUCUGAAGAAGAGCCGGGUGAAAGUGAUUCAGUGGCCAAGUAUGUCUCCUGAUCUGAACCCAAUUGUUUACUCUCCUCCCAUCAAGGUGAUGCUACACCAGCAGGAGCCUCAGGUCAAGCACCAGCAGGAGCCUCAGGUCACGCACCAGCAGGAGCCUCAGGUCAAGCACCAGCUGGAGCCUCAGGUCAAGCACCAGCUGGAGCCUCAGGUCACGCACCAGCUGGAGCCUCAGGUCACGCACGAGCAGGAGCCUCAGGUCAAGCACCAGCAGGAGCCUCAGGUCACGCACCAGAAGGAGCCUCAGGUCACGCACCAGCAGGAGCCUCAGGUCACGCACCAGCUGGAGCCUCAGGUCACGCACCAGCAGGAGCCUUAG